ACAACUAGUGUAUCUUUAAGUAGGCUACAUGUGGAGUUUUCCGGCCACGGGUGAUAGGAGGGGUGGCUGAGUGACGCUCGCUGCGCCCGGGUGCUGAGCUGAGCACUCACCUGCAGACGAGAGGACUGGGGGGGGAUCUCUGCGCAGGCUUUCUGCUGCUGCUGCUGCUGCUUGUAAAGAACUGCGUCGCUCUCACUCACACUCGCCAAGCAACGGGAGAACACAACAACACGCCACCUGACCAAAAGGAAGAAUCAGCAGCAUCAUCAGUUAUUGGAAAUUUACCUCUUUUUUUUUCUUCUUCUUCUUCUUGUUCUUUUCUCCAAAGCAGCCUCGCUCGCUCGCCACGAUGAGAACUCUCCCUGCCGCACCGCUCCUGUCCGCGCUCGUGUUUCUGGCCACGAUUUGGGAGACUAAAGGAGCACAGGCUUCCAAAGAUCCUUGCCAACCCGGCUUUGCACAAAGUUUUUACUCUGUGAGCGUUUCAAGGGAUGUAGCGCAAGGACAGCACAUCACUAAAGAUACCACCGUGUCAUCACAAAAAGUGAGGUUUGACGACUGCAUGGGAAACGAAGGGCUGACCUUCCAGAGCAGCGAGCCCGCGUUCGGCGUGAGGACCGAUGGCUCCAUCUUCAUCCGGCAGGACGGGACCAGUUUGGUGGAACCCGUCCAGUUCAAGCUCACUGCCAGAGGGCCCAACACGCAUGUCUGGGAGACGGUGCUCCAACUGGCCCCGAUCGACCCCCCAGAGCCCCGGGAGGGAGGCAAUGAGGUCACAGAAGAGGAGGCCAAGGUCCCCGAGAUGAAAGAGAAGAAGAAGGGGGAGGAGCUCCGCGCCCCGCCGACGGUCAUCAUGUUCCCGGGAUCGAGAGGCCACCGCUCCGGGGGGCUGCACCGCCAGAAGAGAGACUGGGUCAUUCCCCCCGUCAACGUUCCGGAGAACUCUCGCGGACCCUUCCCUCAGAUGCUCGUCAGCAUCCGCUCGGACCAGGACAGGGACAUCUCAAUCCGGUACAGCAUUACCGGGAUGGGGGCCGACCAGCCCCCCAACGAGGUGUUCAACAUCGACCCCGUGGCGGGCAAGAUGUACGUCACCAAGCCCCUGGACCGCGAGAUGCGCUCCUCCUACCACCUAAGAGCGCAUGCGGUGGACAUGAACGGCAACCAGGUGGAGAACCCGAUUGACCUGUACAUCUACGUCAUCGACAUGAACGACAACCGGCCCGAGUUCAGGAACCAGGUCUACAACGGCUCGGUGGACGAGGGCUCGAAGCCAGGCACGUAUGUGAUGCACGUGUCGGCCUUCGACGCCGACGACAACACCACCGCCAACGGCAUGGUGCGCUACCGCAUCCUGUCGCAGAUGCCGCACAAUCCCAUCCCCAACAUGUUCACCAUCAACAGCGAGACGGGGGACAUCGUUUCCGUGGCAGCCGGCCUGGACCGCGAGACAGUGUCCCAGUACACGCUCAUCGUCCAGGCGACCGACAUGGAGGGGAACCUGAACUUCGGCCUCUCCAACACGGCCACCGCCCUCAUUACCGUCACCGACAUCAACGACAACCCCCCCAGGCUCACCAACAGGACGUUCUCCGGUGAGGUCCCUGAGAACCGGGUGGGCCUGGUGGUGGCUAACCUGACGGUGAAAGAUGCCGACCAGCCUCACUCGCCCAACUGGAACGCCGUCUACCGGAUCAUCAGCGGCGAUCCCUCCAACCACUUCUCCAUGCGCACCGACCCCGUGUCCAACGACGGCAUGGUUACCGUGGUGAAGCCCGUGGACUACGAGAUGAAUCGGGCCUUCAUGCUGACGGUGGUGGUCUCCAACCAGGCCCACCUGGCCAGCGGCAUCCAGUCCUCCCUGCAGUCCACCGCCGGGGUCACCAUCUCCGUCCAGGACAUCAACGAGCCCCCCUACUUCCCCACCAACCCCAAGAGCAUCCGCUUCGAGGAGGGGGUCCCGGCCGGCACCAGCCUCACCACCUUCUCCGCCACCGACCCGGACCGCCUGCAGAUGCAGCAGAUCAUCAGGUACACAAAGCUGAAUGACCCCGCGCUGUGGCUGUCCAUCAACAGGACCAGUGGUCAGAUAGUUACCAUAGCAACCCUGGACCGGGAGUCCACCUAUGUGAAGAACAACGUGUAUGAGGCUACGUUCCUGGCUAUAGACAGUGGUUCUCCCCCGGCCAGCGCCACCGGCACCCUGCAGAUCUACCUCAACGACAUCAACGACAACCCGCCGGCGCUGGUGCCACGCGAGGCCCAGCUGUGCGAGCGCGUCAACAGGAACACCAACGGCGUCAACAUCACGGCGGCCGACGCCGACACGGACCCCAACGCCGGGCCCUUUGUGUUCGAGCUGCCCAACUACCCGCCAAGCAUCCGACGCAACUGGACCAUCUCUCGCAUCAGCGGCGACUAUGCCCGCCUGGGCCUGCGCUACCAGGUGUACCUGGAGUCGGGCGUGUAUGAGGUCCCCAUCGUGGUGUCUGAUUCGGGGAACCCUCCGUUGUCCAACCGCUCCGUCAUCAAGGUGAAGGUGUGUCCAUGCGACCGCAACGGAGACUGCACCACGCUGGGGGCCGUGGCGGCCGCGGGCCUGGGCACCGGCGCCAUCAUCUCCAUCCUGGUCUGCAUCAUCAUCCUGCUGUGCAUGGUGCUGCUGUUCGUGGUGUGGAUGAAGCGCAGAGAGCGGGAGAGGCAGACCAAGCAGCUGCUCAUCGACCCCGAGGACGACGUCAGGGACAACAUCCUGAAGUACGACGAGGAGGGCGGGGGGGAGGAGGACCAGGACUAUGACCUCAGCCAGCUGCAGCAACCCGACUCCCUGGAGCACAUCAUCAGCAAGCCCCCGGGGGUCCGCCGGGUGGACGAACGCCCCAUCGUCCCCGAGUCCCAGUACCCCAUCCGGCACGUCCUGCCCCACCCUGGAGACAUCGGGGACUUCAUCCAUGAGGGUCUGCGGGCGGCGGACAACGACCCCACGGCGCCCCCCUACGACUCCCUGCUGGUGUUCGACUACGAGGGCAGCGGCUCCACGGCGGGCUCCGUCAGCUCCCUCAACUCCUCCAGCUCCGGGGACCAGGACUACGACUACCUCAACGACUGGGGCCCGCGCUUCAAGAAGCUGGCCGACAUGUACGGCGGAGGGGACGAGGAUUAAAACAAAACACAAACGCAAAAGACGAAACGGCAACGGAAUUGAACAACCGCGCUCGAGUGUGCACUUCGACGUCGAGAAGGGGGUG